AUGAUACCCCCACUGGCUCUCGAUCAACUCCUCCUUCUUUGGGACCAAUGUGCAAUGCAGCUUGAUGCCUACACACACUGCCGCACGAUCAAGAUUCAUGGCAUGGCUUUCAAUUCUCUAGGUGAGGGCGGUGAAAAGUAUUUCGCUGAACAGGCCAGUCGACUACUGGAUGGUCCAGCAGAGUUCUUUGUGGAUGGGAACAACUGUGAGAGAUACUACCUCUGCAUUGGUGCAGAGCUAGUCAAUCGCUUUGGCUUCACCAUUGGCCCUGUCCAGGGAUUGCAUAUGCAAGCUCUCUACCCUCCGCCCCAGCCGUUGAUGAACGUGGAGCCUCAAUACCAGCCUCUGGCUCUGACUCCUGAUUCUGGCUAUGUUUCACCGGCUGGAGCACCACAGUAUCCAUUCUGGGUCAUGAAUCAGCCAAACAUGGAACAAAACGCUCUGAUUCAUCCGAGCCUUACAGGCAUUGAGGAGGGCCUCAGUAUCCGGAAUACCGUUACUGUCCAGGUUGCUGUCCAAGGCCCAGUCCCGACGCCAGUCCCGGCCCUAGCUCCGGCUCCAGUUCCAGCUCCAGUUCCAGCCCCAGCACAGGCCCCAGCAAAGCGUCCUCGAGUUCAUAAAGAGAACAAGAAGAAGAUCAAGCGCCCACCUAAUGCGUGGAUCUUGUUCCGCCAGUCUGAGAAUCGCAUAGUAAAACAGCAAAAACCAGGGAUUCACGUGUCCCAGGCUUCUAAGAUCAUCAGCGACAUAUGGCACAAGUUGCCAUCCGAUGACCGAAAGUCGUGGUUCGUGCUGGCAGAUGAGAAGAUGGAAGAGCAUAAGAAGCUCUAUCCCGACUACCAAUACCCUAAGCCAAAAGCGCCUAAGAAAUAG